AUGCCUCGCAUCCUCCUUCUGUUAGCGGUGAUCACUCCGCUAUGCAGCGUGUUUCUUGUCGCCCGCUCGCUUUUCCCAGGUUUUGAUCUGACUAAAGUCGCGGAGAGUUUCCCCAUUUCCUGGCCCCUUGCCGUGCCCGCAGACUCAGAGACACGACCAUACGACGAGUCAGACCAACAGCCGCUAGACGUCGUCGACUUCUCCCCUCCGCAUGAUCACUCCUCUGAUCUGCAUGCCAGUGUAGCAGAGCCCAUCACUGUUCCUGGCCAGUUUACGCGACGCAUCGUCGCCGUUGGUGACCUUCAUGGAGACUUCCCCAACGCACAGACGGUGCUGCAGAUGGCGGGCGUUGUAGACCAUAAUGGAAAUUGGACGGGUGCCGUAGAUUUCCUCGUGCAGACUGGCGAUAUUAUUGACCGUGGAGACGAUACCAUCAAGCUGUUCCUCUGGAUGGAGGGGCUGCGUGAUGAAGCGCACGCAGCAGGUGGAACGGUGCUAUCGCAUCUCGGAAAUCACGAAUGGAUGAACGUCAUCGGCGAUUGGAGAUACGUAUACCCCUCAGAAAUCACCACUUUCGGCUCUGUCGCGGCGCGUCAGAAGAUGCUCACCACCGGGCGGAUCGGAAAGAGUUGGGCGAGCAACUACACAACUGCAAGCAGGCUCCCGCUUCACCCUGCAGUUGGUGAUCCCAACAUCGACUACGACCCGUCAACCGCAUCUGCAUUCGACGUACCUACGCCGCUUUCGCACACCGCCAUAUCCUUCGUGCACGGUGGGCUGGCACCGUCGUACCCGGACCUCGCGCCCUUCCCCUCGCGCAUCAACGAGCUCAGCCAUUCGCUGCUCCAGAAGCUGCAACAGCGCACACCUCCUCCGCACCCGCCCAACCCGUACCCUGGCAUGCCCGCAGAGGCGACGGAGGCGGAGAGGCGGUUGUAUGACACGGACGGUCCGCUGUGGUACCGCGGCUGGGCAUCGGGCCCUGAGGAGCAGGUCUGCGCGCAGGUCGAUGGCGUGUUGCAGAAGACGGGCACGAGGAGGAUGAUCAUGGGCCAUACGCCCGAUUUUCAGAAUAUCGUCUCGAGAUGCAAGGGGAAGAUUAUCAUUAUUGAUACUGGCAUCUCGCAUGCGUACGGAGGAACGUUGUCCGCGCUAUCCAUUACAUACACGCUCACGCCGAUACCUGCAAUACAUACGAGCCCAGAAGAAAAGUGGUGGACUGAGCGAGAAGUUCUGGUCGCUGUGUACCCCGAUCGACAAGAGGUUUUGGCUGUGGAUGAACGAGAUAUUCAGGGCGACUUUGCGCCUGCCUAG